AUGAACAGGAGUAAUGAAAACAAUAAUAGCCAGAUUGUCACUUCAUCUUCAACUUCAACCGAUUUGAUCCAAAUCGAGAAUAAUAACAAAAAUAAUAAGGAAAAUGACGAUGCCUCAAAGGAAAGGAUAAUAUUGAACGUUGGCGGUAUUAAGUAUGAAACAUAUCGAACAACAUUAACACGCUAUCCGGACACUCGUCUUGGAUUACUUUUUGAUGAGAACAAUAAGAAUUUCAAUCGCCCGACGAGUGGAAAUGACGAGUAUUUUAUUGACCGUGAUGGACACAUGUUUCGUUAUAUUCUACAGUUUUAUCGAACCGAGAAGAUGCCGUUACCUGAAGAUGCAAAAGGACUUAUUUCAGUCUCACGUGAAGACCUGGAAGCCGAACUAGAUUAUUUUAUGAUUCCACGACACCUCGCAUUUCCGCCCUCGCCAAUAACAACGACAACUGCCAAACCAUCCCUAACCUUCCGUCGAAAAAUGAUAGCCGACGACAUCGACAAAUUCGUAUCCUCGCUAAAACUAAUAAUCAUGGAAGUUGCGAAACAGUUUCGUCGUGAAUUUCUGUUGAACCCCGACUUUGAAAUGUGUAUAGAAAUGACAUUUCGUGAGGACGCCAAAAUCACCGAUCUGAAUAUCACCCCGAAUACCGGAAUCAAAUCACAAAUCAAAUCGAUUAUCGAACCACACUCGAAUGUCGCGUUUCUGAUCUUGGAUAAAUUUGGCCAGGAGAUUGGUCGACACUUGGAAACGGUCAUUGCGGGAUUCACGUGGUCAUCCGAAGAAAAAGAGGACAGCGGGUGGUGGAAUUUUAGUGCAGAUACUGGUGUCCACGGGUCAGCUGCUACGAAAAGGUUUUGUGUCAGGAUGAAGUUGAAAGACACUGGAUUUGAUCAUGAUGAUAUUGUAAAGAAUUCUUGUUUAGCUAGUAUUUCUUGUGUAUAG